AUGUUCGCAUACACUGCUGGUCGGUGGUUGCAUCUUGACAAACAGCAACGCGAUGCCCGAUUCGUCGAAUUUAACUAUGACCGCUUGUGUGAAAAAGUACUCUCACUCUGUCCCUCUGCUACCUCUAUUAGGAGCUUUCAGAAGAUAGAGGGCGGGUUCAGCAAAGUAUUUAUACUUGAAACUGACAACGGCAAAAAAAAUGUCGUCAAAUUUCCUACAUCUGUUGCUGGAUCACCCCAGCAUAUAACGAACUCUGAAGUUGCAACAAUUACUUACUUGCAACAAAAUACAAAUAUUCCGAUCCCAAACAUCUUAGAUUGGAGUGAUGACCCUACCAAUCCUAUCGGCUCAGCCUACAUCAUUAUGGAACAUGCUAAUGGCAUCCUACUUCAAGAGGCUUGGGCAAAAAUACCAUCAGAUAAGAAAGUAAAAUGUAUUGGGGCAAUAUGCACAAGCAUUCUUCCAAUAACUAAACUUGAUUUUUCGGCCUAUGGUAGCCUUUACUUUGCCAAUGCACCGUUUCUUGACGAUGAAUUCAAACAUAAAUUGAGCAACAACGAUAAAUUUUGCAUUGGACCCCAUUGCAGAAGUAGUACCUACUGGAAUAACAAUGUUGGGCAUGAUCUCUCCUCAUACGCUUCUGCUCUAAUCGACUCUGGAUUUGCCCGACUGCCACCCGCCAAUCAACCUCUAUCCAUCCAACAGCAGGCUUCAUACCAAGGUUCCAUUGACAGACAUGUAGAAUUGCUCAAAACAGGCGAAAAAGUUUUUCCUCAUCUUGUCCAACAUCCAGAGAUUCAAGCUAAUUCAGCACCCACCCUUUUCCACCCAGACCUUCACAAGAGGAAUAUCUUCAUCUCUCAAGACGAUCCUACAAUUGUGACUGGAAUCAUUGAUUGGCAAGGUGCGAGCAUUGAGCCAGCAUUCUAUUAUGCUGAUGAGGUACCUGAUUUUGCCAAAAUUCCUGCCGAAGGGAUAUCAGAUUCUGCAGAAGAGUCACUUUGGUAUCAGGCAUAUGAAGUAGGAUUGGCUCUACUAGCUCCUCGUCUAGGAGCAACUAGAAAAAUUGAUGAGGCACUCCUCCGACCAUUCCGCUAUUGCCAUCGCACCUGGCGGGACGGCUUUGUCCCAUUUACUCAUGAACUGAUGAGGUUAAGGGAUUCGUGGGAAAAGCUUGGAUUUGAGAAAGAAUGUCCCAUUCCAGCCAUGGGUCCAGAAGAAAGGAAAUUUUAUGAGAAACAGCUUGAGAUAUAUGACGGAAUGUUGGAGUUUAGACGUGAUAUGUUUGAAGUCUUGGCGGUUGAGGAAGACGGUUGGGUGCCUGCAGAGCGAUGGGAGGAGGUAAAGAAGACGCAUCAAGGUUUCUACGAGACACUUAUGGACAAUCUGGAAGAUGAUGAGUCCCGUCAGGAACUUCGAACCAUGUGGCCCUUUGAUCAAUGCCAGCCUGAGAAUCUGGUUACGCGGAAAGACAGUGACGUAUAG